ACUUCAUUUCCCAGAGUUAGCACAAUCUCAUCCGCUCUAAAUAACUUCAUAAAAACUUCUUUCUGGUCAGAGUGAAGCAAUAAUUAUUAUUGACAAUUAUUAGCUAUCAAUAAACUAGAUCACAUUAUGGCGAGCACUAUUAAGGAAGCGUUAUCAGUUGUGAGUGAAGAUCAAUCUUUGUUUGAGUGUGCAUUUGGAACUCCCCACCUCACUAAGACCGAGAUGACUGCUUCCUCUUCCAGUGAAUAUGGGCAAGCAUCAAAGAUGAGUCCCCGUGUCCCCCAGCAGGAUUGGUUGUCACAAGCCCCAACCAGAGUCACCAUCAAGAUGGAAUGCAAUCCAAGUCAAGUUAAUGGCUCAAGGAAUUCCCCUGACAACUGCAGUGUGGCAAAAGGUGGAAAGAUGGCCAGCAACACAGAAAAUGCUGGAAUGAACUAUGGAAGCUAUAUGGAAGAAAAACAUAUCCCACCACCAAACAUGACCACGAAUGAACGGAGAGUUAUCGUUCCAGCAGAUCCCACAUUAUGGAGUACAGACCACGUACGCCAGUGGUUGGAAUGGGCCAUCAAAGAAUAUGGCCUCCCAGACGUGGACAUCUUGUUGUUCCAGAAUAUUGAUGGAAAAGAAUUGUGUAAAAUGACCAAAGACGACUUCCAAAGGCUCACACCAAGUUAUAAUGCAGACAUUCUUCUCUCACACCUACACUACCUCAGAGAAACUCCUCUUCCACAUUUGACUUCAGAUGAUGUUGAUAAGGCCUUACAAAACUCUCCACGGUUAAUGCAUGCUAGAAAUACAGGAGGUGCAGCUUUUAUUUUCCCAAAUACUUCAGUUUACCCUGAAGCAACACAAAGAAUUACAACCAGGCCAGAUAUAUCAUAUGAACCAGCCAGGAGGUCAGGCUGGACAAGCCACAGUCAUCCUGCCUCUCAGUCAAAAGCUGCCCAAGCAUCAUCUUCAACAGUACCCCAAACAGAAGACCAACGUCCUCAAUUAGACCCCUACCAAAUACUUGGCCCAACCAGCAGCUGUCUUGCAAAUCCAGGGAGUGGGCAGAUACAGCUGUGGCAGUUCCUGUUGGAGCUCUUGUCAGAUAGUUCCAACUCUAAUUGUAUCACCUGGGAGGGCACCAACGGAGAGUUCAAGAUGACUGACCCUGAUGAAGUAGCUCGGCGCUGGGGAGAAAGGAAAAGUAAACCCAACAUGAACUAUGAUAAGCUCAGCCGUGCUCUCCGUUACUAUUAUGACAAAAAUAUUAUGACUAAAGUCCAUGGUAAGCGUUACGCCUAUAAGUUUGACUUCCAUGGAAUUGCUCAAGCUCUCCAGCCCCAUCCUCCAGAAUCAUCCAUGUACAAAUAUCCCUCAGACCUGCCUUACAUGAGUUCCUAUCAUGCACAUCCCCAGAAAAUGAACUUUGUAGCUCCCCAUGCUUCUGCUCUGCCUGUCACUUCCUCCAAUUUUUUUGCUGGGCCCACUCCAUACUGGAAUUCACCAACUGGAAGUAUCUACCCUAAUAGUAGGCUUCCAGCCACGCACAUGCCUUCCCAUCUUGGCACUUACUACUAAAGGAAGAAAAAUAUUUUAAAAGGAGAUUUCUCCAUGGAAUACAAUGAAUUGUUUUGGAGAACAUGAACAAAAAGUGCCUAAAAGACAUAACAAGGUUGACUGGGAACAAAAUAUGUCAGUUUUUUUGCUACUAUGUAAAGAAUGUUGACAUUGAGUCAAUGGAUGAGACACAAUGAAAUACUGUUCUAGGUAAAACUAUGUAAUGAGAAAGCUGGGGGCAGAAAAAGUUUAUAAGCUUUUGUAUCACGUUUGGUAUCAUGCUAAUGCAAACUGGACUCUAUUGCAGCAAUAUAAGGAUAAUUCUAUUAUGACCUAGGAUACAUUAUGUGAACAUAUAAAUUUAUAUAUAAAAAACCCUCUGUAUUUUUCAUCAAAAAUGCAGAACAGUGUCAUACAUAUCUGUCUAGAGCAGGACCUGAUUUUUUUAAUGCAACUUUUAUUUGGGAUGAAUUUAAUACAUUCCAUUACGAAGAAGGGAUCGGCUAUUUCAAACUGUGAAGACAAUGCAAGCUUUAAGAUUCCUUGACAGUGUUAAAGAGCUCUGAGCCAAACAUUGGGACUGAGAAUGUGCUGAAGGGCAAGUGUGUGUUUGUUGGCUAAGGGGUGAACCCAAGUGGAGGUUCUCCUGAGUAAGCCCUGCUAAAAUGAAAGGGGACUGCGCAAGAGCGCUAUUGUAGCCCUGUGUCUGAUACGUGAAGUAGAAAGGGGUAAGGUGAUAAGAAUGAAGGAGACAUUUUCUCUGGAAAUAUAGGAACUGAAAACUGGACAGUUUGAAGAAUUACUUGUUUGGACUUGAGUACCAUUGUGUUCAGUAUUAUGCCAUCUCCAGUGUUAUCAAAGACUUGAUUUUUUUAAAGUCAAAAAAGAAGGAAGCAAUAGUAUCAGAGUAUGCAUUUCUUUAUAAAAAUGUAAAACUGGAAUUGUUUUAUAUUUAAAAGUAACAUUUAGGACCUCAUCUUAAGGGAAUUUGUUUUCUACUGAUAGAAGGAAAGAGACAGUCCUCAGUUGCCAGAGACUGAAAUCAUAUAGAUAUUUUUGUUAGGCAGUGCCCUUUUUUUCUGAGUCGCGAACGCUGUGCGUUUGUCAGAAUGAAAUAUACAAGUCAAUGUUAUUUUUUCUUUUUAUAUAAUAAUUAUAUAACUUAUGCAUUUAUACACUACGAGUUGAUCUCGGCCAGCCAAAGACACAGAAAGGGACAAUCAGAAAUAUUGUGGCCUUGAAUUUUAACUCUGUAUGCUUCAUGUUUACAUUAUGAACUUAACUAGUACUUAGAAAGCAGAAUGUAUGUAAUAAAAUAAGCUUGGCCUAGCGUGGCAAUUCCAAUUGA